AUGGGGGUUCUCCAAAGAACAUCGGCCAAGUUUAACGCAUCACCUACCGGUUUGCCAGUCGCACCCAGCAAGGCCUCCAUGCUCAUGCAUUCGGGAUUUCCCAAAGCCAGCUACUCAUAUUUUAAUGACGCUUUUGGCGCUAGAUUCCGCCUUGGAGCAGAAUCUCCAAACAUAGCAACUCGAACAUUCUCGUCGUGCUUCCUAUGGCACUCUCACCUCAAUUCCGAAGAUCCUCAAUACCGCACUCCUGUUCUUCAUCACGAGAAAGCGGAUGAGCGCCCUGCCCAAGAGAAAUGUAACCAUUGGAAGCUAGCUGGAAGUGGCGCUCCAACCCGAGAAGAAGGUGUAGUCGAGAUUUCACUGCUCUGUUUCAGUAACGAGCUCAUUGAUAAGAAGUGCACCCUGCCGAUUCUUCAACGCUCUCAAGCCAGACUUAGCUCUGUUGAGAAGUCAGGAUACACAGUUGUGAUUUGCCGUCUUGUUGAGGAAUAUGAGACUGCUCGUAAGUGGAUAAAUCAGUAUGGACGACUGCUCAUCCCGAUCUAA